CCCAAUGCUUUGUGUUUAAUUAUUGUUAUUAUUUUUUUUCCCUCCCAGAAUCCUAGAUUUCCGUCGUGUCCCCCCAGUCGCAGGCCGAAUGGUCAAUAUGACCAAGGAGAUAAGGGAUGUUACACGAGACAAGAAACUAUGGAGAACAUUCUUCAUCUCUCCAGCCAACAACAUCUGUUUCUACGGGGAGUGUUCAUAUUACUGCUCCACGGAACAUGCUCUGUGUGGGAAGCCCGAUCAAAUAGAAGGGUCUCUAGCAGCCUUCCUGCCCGACCUGUCCCUGGCAAAGAGGAAAACUUGGCGAAAUCCAUGGAGACGCUCAUACCACAAACGCAAAAAAGCAGAAUGGGAAGUGGACCCUGAUUACUGUGAAGAGGUGAAGCAGACUCCACCAUACAAUAGCAACCGCAUUCUGGAUAUAAUGGACAUGACCAUUUUUGAUUUCUUAAUGGGAAAUAUGGAUCGACAUCACUAUGAAACCUUCGAAAAGUUUGGCAAUGAAACAUUUAUUAUUCACUUAGACAACGGAAGAGGGUUUGGAAAAUACUCCCAUGACGAGCUCUCCAUUUUGGUGCCUUUAAAUCAAUGCUGCAGAAUCAGGAAGUCCACCUACCUUCGACUACAAUUGCUUGCCAAGGAAGAAUACAAGCUGAGUGACUUGAUGGAAGAAUCUUUGCUCAAAGAUAAAAUUGCUCCCAUCCUCUACCGGUUGCAUUUAGAGGCCCUGGACAGACGGCUACGGAUUGUUCUCCAGGCUGUUAGGGACUGUAUAGAAAAAGAUGGUUAUAACAGUGUGGUUGAAAAUGACUUUGACACUGCCAACACGAUCACAACCAAGAGGUAGUGAAAUUAAAACAGCGUUCCUGUUUUUACUAGUGAAGUAAGGAAAAGAAGAAAAAAAGUCUUGCAAGAGACUAUGUGUAUGCCACUUUGUGAAUUCAGUGAAUUCAGAAUUGAGAUAUAAUUGUUCCCAAAGUAGGUAAAGUAUAGACUCUGAGAAGGAUUAGAUAAUUAUGAAAUAAGUCUAAUGCGAUGCUUAUAAUUAGUUCCUGAAACAAUAUGAAAGAGGUGGAAAAAUAUUGUGAUCACUGACAGAUGAAAUGGAUUGGUGGCAAUUACAUUCUGUCCUUUUUUUGUAUAGAAA